AUGGCCGCCGCGCCGUCCACUGCGGCUCGGCAGGUGGAGGACGCGGUCAUGGCGAGGCUCCGGGCCUGCGCCACCUUCCGCGACCUCCUCCGCGUCCACGCCCACGUCGUGCAGCUGUCCCUCUCGCAGAGCAGCUACAUCGCCACCCAGAUCAUCCAGCUCUGCAACGCCCACGGCCGCACCGCACACGCCGCGCGGGUGUUCGACCAGGUGCGCGAGCCCAACCUACACCUGCACAACGCCAUGAUCAAGGCCUACGCCCAGAACCACCUGCACCGCGAGGCGGUCGCGGUGUACAUUCGCAUGCUGAGGUGCCGCCCAUUUCCGUCGACUGCUUGUGCCGCCGGCGACCGGUUCACGUACCCGUUCCUGCUCAAGGCUUGCGGCGGCCUGGCGGCGCUCGGACUGGGCAAGCAGGUGCACGCUCACGUGGUGAGGUCCGGGUGCGAGUGCAACGCCGUCGUGCAGAACUCCAUGAUCGAGAUGUACACGCGCGCCGGCGAUCUGUCGCUCGCCCGCAAGGUGUUCGACGGAAUGCAGGAGAGGGAUGCGGUCACUUGGAACACUGUUAUAUCGGCGCAUGCGAGGCUGGGUCAGAUGAGGAAAGCGAGGGCACUAUUCAACUCCAUGCCGGAGAAGACGAUCGUUUCCUGGACUGCACUGGUGUCCGGGUACACGACAGCGGGGGACUUCUCUGGCGCCGUCGAGGCGUUCCAGUCAAUGCAAAUGGAAGGCUUUGAACCGGACGACGUAAGCAUCGUCGCGGUGUUGCCGGCGUGUGCCCAACUGGGAGCCCUGGAGCUAGGCAGGUGGAUAUACGCCUACUGUAACAGGCACAGAAUGCUGCGCGAGACAUACGUAUGCAAUGCACUGAUGGAGAUGUACGCAAGGUGCGGAUGCAUCGACCAAGCACUCCAGCUGUUCGACGGUAUGGAGGAGAAGGAUGUCAUCUCAUGGAGCACGAUGAUCAACGGCCUUGCGGCGCAUGGGAGAGCAAAGGAGGCGGUCCUGUUGUUCGUGGAUAUGGAGAGGGAGGGGAAGGUGAGGCCCAACGGCAUCACAUUCGUCGGGCUCCUGUCAGCCUGCUCCCACGCCGGGCUCCUGGACGAAGGGCUGAACUACUUCGACCGCAUGAAGGAAGUUUAUGGCAUCGAACCUGGCGUCGAGCACUAUGGCUGCGUCGUCGACCUCCUCGGCCGGUCAGGACAAAUCGUGCGUGCUCUGAAUCUCAUAGUAGACAUGCCAGUUCCUGCCGAUGCGAAGAUAUGGGGCUCAAUGCUCAGCGCAUGCCGAAGCCACGGAGAUGUCGACACGGCCGUGGUUGCUGCCGAGCGGCUUGUCGCACUGGAACCAGACGACGUUGGCAACCUCGUCAUGCUAGCCAACGUGUACGCCGCGGCGAGGCAGUGGAGCGAGGUUGCAAGCACGAGGAAGACGAUAAGGAGCAGGAGCAUGAAGAAGACCCCGGGGUGCAGCCUGAUCGAGGUGGACAACGUGGUGCAGGAGUUCGUCGCUGGAGAAGACCUGAAACCUGAAUUUGGAGGCCUUGUUGGCGUUCUGGACAUCCUGGCCUCGCAGCUUGCAGAGGAGGGUGUAGAUUUCAUCGAUCCAGGUUGUUUUGUUGAUGUUAAUAUGUCCACAAUUGAUCGGUGCUGA